AAGAUGGCGCCUAUGGCCAUGCUUGAAACGCAGGGUGAAGCUAUGGUUCUGCCAUUACUCAAGAUGGCUGCCCCCAUCAAGAUGACCGGGGUGUGCCUGGGGGAAAGGGGCAGCAGGAUGGCUUGAGAUGGUCUAGCAUUGAACCAUAUGGAAGUUUCUGAAACUGGGGAGCCUGAUGAUGGGGGGUGGAGCCCGUGGAGGAUAGAGGGAGCAGGAGAUUGUUUCCCCAGGCUAACCCCAAACCCUCCCUGUCCCCUGGACUAAAAUGGGGAACACCCUGGGCCUGGCACCGAUGGGGACUUUACCCCGCCGGGGCCCCCGUCGAGAGGAACCGCUGCCCAACCCCGGGAGCUUCGAUGAGCUGCAUCGGCUGUGCAAAGAUGUAUUUCCAGCACAGAUGGAGGGCGUGAAGCUGGUUGUCAACAAGGUUCUGAGUAGCCAUUUCCAGGUAGCUCAUACUGUGCACAUGAGUGCUCUGGGUUUACCAGGCUAUCACCUCCAUGCCGCCUAUGCAGGGGACUGGCAGCUUAGCCCCACUGAGGUGUUCCCCACCGUGGUGGGGGAUAUGGACAGCAGUGGCAGUCUCAACGCCCAGGUCCUGCUUCUGUUGGCAGAGCGGCUGCGAGCUAAGGCUGUCUUCCAGACGCAGCAGGCCAAGUUCCUGACCUGGCAGUUUGAUGGCGAAUAUCGGGGAGACGACUACACCGCCACUCUGACCCUGGGAAAUCCUGACCUGAUCGGGGAAUCAGUGAUCAUGGUUGCUCACUUCCUGCAGAGCAUCACUCAUCGGCUGGUGCUAGGAGGAGAGCUGGUUUACCACCGACGACCAGGCGAAGAGGGGGCCAUCUUGACUCUGGCUGGGAAGUACUCAGCGGUACACUGGGUAGCUACGUUGAAUGUUGGGUCAGGUGGGGCCCAUGCAAGUUAUUACCACAGGGCGAAUGAACAGGUUCAGGUUGGAGUGGAGUUUGAGGCAAAUACAAGGCUACAAGAUACAACCUUCUCCUUUGGUUACCACCUGACUCUGCCCCAGGCCAAUAUGGUGUUUCGAGGCUUGGUGGAUAGUAACUGGUGUGUAGGUGCUGUGUUGGAGAAGAAGAUGCCUCCCCUGCCUGUCACUCUGGCCCUCGGAGCCUUCCUCAAUCACUGGCGCAACAGAUUCCAUUGUGGCUUCAGCAUCACUGUGGGCUGAAGAUGUCCUGGAGGCAGCCUCCACAGCAGCUGGAACCUUUGAGUCAGAUGCCCUAGGGCCAGAGACUAACUAGGUCCCACCCCAGAGCCUACCUUGCUGGAUGACUUCUAGGUCCCAUGGGCAGAGUGGGGGACGGGACCAUGUCCUUCUCAGAACUGGAGCUUGCCACAGGAUCACUUUCCAAUGAGGCAGUGGUUUGAGGUUCCCAAAUCUGCCAUCAGCCCCACUAUAAUUUUCCACAAGCUCUAUGGCUCUGGACUGAAGGAGAAGGAUUAAGGGAUGUAUCUGGCUCCCCGCACCCUACUUUCUUCUUUGUUACUUUUGUUUGAUUACAAUAUUAGCUCCUCCUUC